CACCGGGAUGCCGAGCCCCGGCAAAUCACCUUCGAAUUGAUGGAAAGCUCCACCACACAGUUGUCCAGUAACUACUACGCUGGAGCAUGCCGCUUGCGCAUGAUGGGUUUCGGCCUGGCGCAGGACGAUUUUGGCAAGGGUUUCAGUUCCUACUUCAACCUGGUCUCCACGCC